AUGGAAUUCCCCCCUACAGAGAUCAAGGCCUUGGUCGAGGAGAUUGCCGAUGUGUUGAGGUCGAAGAACCAGACAUUGGCCAUUUCUGAGGCUGCUUGCGGCGGUCUUCUUUCAGCUUACCUUAUUUCAGUUCCGGGUGCUUCGGACUUCUACAUUGGUGGAAAGCUUGUGUACUCGGUUCGCCAGAGAUUGAGGCUUUCUGGCUGGUCCAACGAGGACAUUUCCAGCUAUGUGGGGCCUUCAAAGCAAGUGGCGUUGAAAUUGGCCCGUACGACGAAGUACGACUUGGGUUCUACCUAUGUGCUUUCUGAAACUGGGUUUGCUGGUCCUUCGACAGACUUGCACCUCCAGACGAAUCAAAACCUGGAUGCUGGCGUUGGAACGGUCUACUUUGGUGUGAGUGGUCCUAAUGGCGAACACACGUUCAGCAGUACUACCGGUAGCUCUGAGAGAUCAAAGAACAUGACUGAGUUUGCACGCAUGGGCUUAGAGUUCUUGUUGAAGACCCUUAAGGAAGAGACCUAA